AUGUCACGCAACAAAUCACCUUGUCUUCAACCACCAACUCGAUUCACCUAUGACUCAUCCGAAUUCGAAUAUGCAAUCUACUCGCCAUCACCUCGGUUCUCAAAAGAGCUUGAACCUAUAUUUCCUAAUAUGUCAGUAAAGCAACGCAAAGAGCUCUUGGUUGUACCUGUAAUCCAAAAGUGCUUCCAUGACAUGGCUGCCAGUACUCCAGAGAUUAACCGUGAAAGGGAUGAGAAACUUGAUUUGUUUGUUGACUGGGGUAAACGAGUUGCCAAUCGACUGAAAGGGCUGGGGAUGUGGGCCGAUAUGAUGGACCCAGCAUCCGGAUAUCCUAUUCUUAGCCCGUCAGGUGCUUUGCCUUACCCUGAUGUUCAAGGAACAAUUGAAUUGAUGGGCUAUGAAACCCACAAUGUAGGAUGCUGUCACAUCUUGCUUCACCCUAGAUGGAGAAGCAAGAUCUAUCCAAGCACGUUUUUUACUACCGCGCCUGCAGAUCUGCUCGUCAGAGUAAUCGAUGAAGUUCUCGCUUCCAAAGCUUAG